AGAUCUGUGACUUUACCCUGUUUGGCGGCGGGUGCAGACAAUCGGCCAGUGACAUUUACACAUUAGAAGCAGCACAAGGUCUGCAGGUCGAUGUCCUGACCGGGGUGCUGUCUAUUAGGAGAAAAGAGUCACCAAAAGAAGGAAAACAGAAAAGAUAUAAGUUCUUACCCCCGGGACCAGCUCCGCUGCCUCUUCUGGGAACUCCUAAAUAUAUUGGGGACCGCGCUGCCUGUAAAUACUUCCCAGAGCUCCGCAGGAAGUACGGUCCGGUGUUUACUGUCUGGAAGUUGACGGACCCGGUUGUCGUCCUCUGCGGCUACGAGGCGGUGAAGGACGCCUUGUUGAAUCACGGCGAGGAGUUCAGCGGACGCCCCUUCGCUCCGGUCAUUGAUGUCUACUCUGAAGGAUACAGUUUUCCCAGCAUCGAUGGAGAGAGAUGGCGGCAGCUGCGCCGGUUCACGAUCUCCUCCCUGAGGAAUUUUGGCAUGGGGAAGACGUCUAUGGAGAGACGGGUGUUAGAAGAAUCUGAGCUCCUCAUCAGCGCUGUGACCCUGACCGGAGGAAAACCUUUCAAUCCUCUGAACCUGCUGGGCUGCGCGGUGGGGAACAUCACCAGUUACGCUCUGCUGGGCGAACACUUCGACUAUAAAGACCCAAAAUUACAGGAACUGAUCAUAACCACGAGGAAAUUCAUCUUCAACACGCACUCCCCCCUACAUGAGCUUGGAAACACUUUCCCAGUUCUACUGAGCGUUCCAAUUCUGAAGGAGAAAAUCUUCAAGGAAAGUUCCCAGCUGAUCUCAUUCGUCAAAAAAUACAUCGAGCAGCAUAAAAAGAGUCUAAAUCCGACCGCUCCCCGCGACUUCAUUGACUACUUCCUGAUAAAGAUAAAACAGGAGGAGACCAUCGCAGGCAGUAAUUUCUCAGACACCAGCCUCCUGAUGACCCUUAUCGCUCUCCUCGCCGCUGGAACCGAGACCACCACCUCAACUCUUAAUUUUGCAUUGUUUUUAAUUAGCAAUUACCCCGAUAUACAGGCUAAAGUCCAGGAGGAGAUAGAUGAGGUCAUUGGGCCCCAACGUUCUCCUGGGAUCAUGGACCGGGCACAGCUGCCGUAUACCAACGCUGUUGUCCAUGAGGUACAGAGGGUCCUGGACCUGGCCCCAGUGGCUCACUACCAUGCCGUGACCAAGGACACUCAAUUCCGAGGAUUCACCAUCCCCAAGAGAAGAUACCAGAACCAUGUGAUCAUUAUGUCCCUUCAGAGAAGAUACCAGAACCAUGUGAUCAUUAUGUCCCUUCAGAGAAGAUACCAGAACCAUGUGAUCCUUAUGUCCCUUCAGAGAAGAUACCAGAACCAUAGAAGAUACCAGAACCAUGUGAUCAUUAUGUCCCUUCAGAGAAGAUACCAGAACCAUGUGAUCAUUAUGUCCCUUCAGAGAAGAUACCAGAACCAUGUGAUCCUUAUGUCCCUUCAGAGAAGAUACCAGAACCAUAGAAGAUACCAGAACCAUGUGAUCCUUAUGUUCCCUCAGAGAAGAUACCAGAACCAUGAGAAUAUAAAGUUCUGUUCUUCUGAUUUCCGAGAGCUGCUUUGCAUUUCCUUCUCAGAAUUCCUGGCGGAGUCUCCACGCGCCUUUUUUGGCGCAUUCCUCGCGGAGAAACAUUGUCCCUGUCUGAAUAUAAACAGAUUGCAGCGUUAA